AUGGGCGUUGCCGUCGGCAUCUGCGGGUUUCAGCUCUUCCGGAACAUCACCGGCAACCCGGAAGUCAGGGUAAACAAGGCAGGGAGGGCAGCUGGUGUGCUUGAGAACCAUGAGGAGGGGAGGCGUUACGCCAUGCAUGGCCUAAGAAGCUUUGUGCAUGAAAAGACCCCUGAGAUCAUGCCUGCCAUCAACAAGUUCUUCACUGAGCCAAAGUGA